AUGGAAUAUGGUCUAACCUGUUCAACUGGUAAAGAAAACGAUUGUACAACUCAUAUCCAAAGUAUAAAGGAGCAGUCAAUCUCACAGAACGGCAUCUUUUUAGUUUUUACCACUAAUCGUCUGGAAAAUACUCAAAAUAGAAGGCACGUUUGCUUGAAGGCUAGAAGCGUCAACCGGACAGGACCACACAAUUUCGAAGAAACCUGCUCAAAGAUUGUAUCAUAUUGCAAUAAACAAUUACUGAAAGAGGGCAUUUGUGUCCACAGCCCAAUUAUCAAAGCGGGUUUUCAAGAUAAUUUAUGGAUCAGCAAUAACUUGCUCGCUCUAUAUUCAAAAUGCUAUGGAGUUGUUCAUGCACGCCACUUCUUUGAGGAAAUGCCAUACAAGGAUGUUGUGUCCUGGUCUGGAUUGUUGUCUGCUUAUGUCAAAGAUGGUUGCUACGAGGAAGCUCUUGAGCUGUAUGAUUUGAUGAAGUUUUCUGGGGAAUGCCCAAAUGAGUAUACGCUUUCGAUUGUGAUCAGGGCCUGCUCAGCUCUUCGGGAUUGUAACCAAGGAACUAAAGUCCAGGCCUUUUGA